AUGUUAGACCUGGUAGGAAACAAGAAGGUACUCAUCAAUGGUCACCAACUAUACUAUACUAGCGAAAGGCUGAAUCCCCGUCACAACCCAACGUCUCCAUCCUCCCUGACUUCCAUACAAACCGACCAGCUGUUGCAACCAAAAUCCUCCAAUUUUUCUUUGCCUGCCUCACUGCCGGUCAUAGGUCAUGGUGAUCACCACAGCCAUGAGCCUGAGAUCUGUACUCUGAAGCCAAGCGAUCUGACCCUCUUAAGUCGUUGGUGUGCCAGUACAUAUCGAUCUCUCACGCCCGAUGGCAAAAACGGCCAAAUCUGGAGAAGCACAAUCGUCCGAGAGGCAAUGAGCAACCCGCCACUGCUGGAUAGCAUUCUAGCUGUGGCAGCAUUAGAUAUCGCUUACAAUUGCGGAGGGGACAGCGCACAGAGAGAUCAACACGAUCACCAACAAAUCCAGUGUCUAGCUGUUCUACAUUGGGAUCAAGCUCGCGCCGGGCUUGAAAAGCAGAUCAACCGCGACAGAUCGGAGCGGUGUCGCAAAGAAAGCAAUUUCAUGAUGGCUAUGUGCAAUAUUCUUAUCAUCCUCGCCUUCGGACAUAUACGAAUGCCCCCAUUCUCAAGCGGUUCCGCGUUGGUAGAUCUUUGUCACAUUUUUCGCCAGUUACGCGGGUCACCGGAGGUUCUUCUCCGCCUGAUCGAUGAAGUCAAACCAAGCGAGGAGUUGGCUUUCCUAGUCCGCCAGGAGACCGGUCCUACCAUGCCAAAUACUUCCACCCUGGCCAUUCAUGCUCUGCGAAAACUACAUAAUGACGAUAGCAAAGGGAGGAAUUACCCCCAAACCAGGGAAAUUUACAACAAAGCCAUCGAUCGCUUGGCCUCAUGUCUGCGUUAUAUUGCCUGGGGCAGCCAUCCCGGACUGGUCGGAAUCUCCUGGCUGCUGGAGGUUCCAGCAGUAUUUGUGGAUUUAGUUCUGGACCACCAGCCAAUGGCAUUGACAAUUAUGGCGCACUAUUGCGUGGUUCUAUACCACUUACGGUCACAUUGGUGGAUGGGAGCAUUCGGCAUCAAAGUUUUAGAGGAGAUUCGUCAACUGUUGGGCAGCGAUCGCUUGGAGAAUAUACAGUGGGCGAUCGAUGGGAUAUCAACAGAUGGCACUGCACAUUUUGACUGA